UAAUAAGACUCCGUCUCAUGUGCGUGCCCGGCUCCCGGUAAAACCCCGACGCGCAGCUUCCCCUUCUUCGAUUCCAAGUUUCCCCUUUCUGAAUUUUCUCCCCUCGAUCCUCCCUCGAGCUUUAACCCUCGCUCCAUCCUCUUAAUGGCGGCGAAGAAGCCCCAGCGAUCUCUACAGGAGAUCGAGGACAUCCUCCUCCGUAAGAUCUUCCUCGUCGCUCUUCAAGAGCCCGCUCAGAAUGACCCUAGAAUCAUCUUUCUGGAGCUCACGGCAGCCGAGAUCCUUAGCGAGGGCAAAUUUCUCGCCCUUUCCCGAGAUACGAUGGAGAGGGUCCUCAUCGACCGGCUCUCUGGAGACUUCCCCUCCGCCGAACCUCCCUUCCGCUAUUUGGUAGGCUGCUACCGCCGCGCCUGUGAUGAGUUGAAAAAGGUUGCUUCGAUGAAGGACGCCUCUGUUAGAUCGGAGAUUGAGUCCACCAUUAAGCAAGCGCGGAAGAUGGCCAUCUCUUAUUGUAGGAUCCAAACAGGGAACCCGGAUAUGUUUAUGAUGUCUGGGCAGUCCGGUUUUUCAGCGACGUCUGAUCUGAUGUUGAUGAUCUUCUCGGAGGUCUCAACCCCGAUGGAUGGGUUUGGAGGUGAUAGUUUGGGCAGUGGAUUCGAUUGCCCUCCAGGUUUUAUUGACGAAUUCUUCAGGGAUGGCGACGAUGACAGUUUGGAACUGGUUUUGAAGGAUUUGUUUGAGAAACUGAAGCAGAGUGUGGGCAGAGUCUCAGCAUUAGGGAACUUCCAGCAGCCGCUGAGAGCACUGCUGCUAUUGGUUAAAUAUCCUAGUUGUGCCAAAGCUUUGGUGAAUCACCCACGAUGGAUACCUAAAGAGACUUACUUGUUGAUUGGGGAAGGGAGGGUAAUUGAGAUAGAAAGCAUUUUAGGAGCUUUUCUCCAUGUCAGUGCAUUGCCUGAUUUUAAGGAAUUUAAGAGUACACCAGAUGUCGGACAACAAUGUUUCUCGGAAGUGUCUAAUCGUCGGCCUGCUGAUUUGUUGUCAUCCUUCACAACAAUCAAGACAGUCAUGAAUAUUUUGUAUGAUGGUCUUGGGGAGGUGUUCCUCAUCUUACUAAAGAAUAUAGAUACACGAGAAAGAGUUUUAGAAUAUCUUGCAGAAGUGAUUAAGAAAAAUUCAGCAAGGUCUCGCAUGCAGGUGGAUCCAUUGUCAUCUGCCAGCUCUGGCAUGUUUGUGAACCUUAGUUCCGUAAUGAUUCGCCUUUGUGAACCUUUUCUGGAUGGUGCUGUAACAAAGAGAGACAAAAUUAAUCCAAAAUAUUUAUUUCAUAAUACCCGUUUAGAUUUCACACAACUGACAGCCCUGUGUGCAUCAUCUGAAGAAGUAUCAGCAUGGUUAGAGAAUGAAAGUUCCUGGAAGAAUAAUCAUGAUAUCGAUGCUCAAGAAGGCACAAGCACUGUCAAUGAUAGUGAUAAUUCCAUUCUCAAGCUGAAACCAUUGCAGAGUUAUGCAAGAAAGGAGAAAUAUUCUUUUAUCUGCGAGUGUUUCUUUAUGACUGCAAGGGUACUUAACUUGGGACUGAUGAAAGCAAUAUCAGACUUCAAACACCUUGCUCAGACAUUGGGAAGGUAUGAAGAAGAAUUAUCUACCUUCAAAGCCAUGAGGGAACAAGGAGCUUCUCCACAACUUGAGGCUGACAUAAAGCGUCUAGAGAAAGCAAUCGAGAUUUUGUCACAGGACAAACUAUGUUAUGAAGCUCAACUAUUACGAGAUGGUACACUGCUACAACGGGCAUUGACAUUCUGCAGAUUGGUUAUUAUUUGGUUGGUUGAUCUUGUCGGUGGGUUUAAGAUGCCUCUGCCAUCAUCCUGCCCCAUGGAAUUUGCAUGUGUUCCAGAACAUUUUGUUGAUGAUGCCAUGGACUUACUUAUUUUGACUUCUAGAAUUCCAAAGGCUUUGGAAGGGUUUGUCUUGGAUGAUUUCUUGAAUUUCAUAAUUAUGUUCAUGGCAAGUCCUUCUUAUGUUAAGAACCCUUAUUUGAGAGCUAAAAUGGUUGAAGUAUUGAAUUGUUGGAUACCACAAAGAAGUGGGUUUUCUGCUACUGCUGCUCUAUUUGAAGGACACCAGUUGUCUCUUGAUUAUCUAGUUAGAAAUCUUCUUAAACUUUAUGUGGAUAUUGAAUUCACUGGUUCACACACGCAGUUUUUUGAUAAAUUCAAUAUUCGUCACAAUAUUGCUGAACUCUUAGAGUAUUUGUGGAAUGUUCCUAGCCAUCGCAAUGCAUGGAGACAGAUUGCAAGGGAAGAGGAGAAGGGUGUCUAUUUGAACUUUCUGAAUUUCCUAAUCAAUGAUAGCAUUUAUCUUCUUGAUGAGAGUUUAAACAUAAUCCUUGAACUUAAAGAAAUAGAAGCUGAAAUGACAAAUUCUGCUGAAUGGGAACGGAGGCCAGCACAGGAGAGGGAAGAGAGAACGAGGCUUUUUCAUUCACGAGAAAAUAUUGUCCGAUUUGAUAUGAAGUUGGCAAAUGAAGAUGUUGGGAUGCUUGCAUUCACAUCUGAACAAAUACCCGCACCCUUCCUGCUUCCGGAAAUGGUUGAAAGGGUGGCUAGCAUGCUAAAUUAUUUUCUCUUACAACUUGCUGGUCCUCAACGGAGGUCUCUGAAUGUAAAAGAUCCUGAAAAAUAUGAAUUUAGGCCAAGACAAUUGUUAAAACAAAUUGCCGAGAUUUACGUUCAUAUUGCAAGAGGUGACAAAGAGAAUGUGUUCCCUGCUGCAAUCUCAAAGGAUGGACGGUCAUAUAAUGAGAAGCUGUUUACUUCGACAGCCGAUAUUCUGUGGAAAAUUGGUGAAGAUGGUAAGAUAAUUGAGGAGUUUGUUCAGCUUGGUCUCAAGGCCAAAGUAGCUGCUUCUGAAGCAAUGGAUGCUGAGGCUGUUCUUGGAGACAUACCUGAAGAAUUUCUCGACCCAAUUCAGUAUACACUGAUGAGUGAUCCUGUCAUUCUACCGUCAUCAAGAAUAUCAGUAGAUCGGCCAGUUAUCCAAAGGCACUUGCUUAGUGACACUACCGAUCCUUUCAACCGUUCUCAUCUCACUCAAGACAUGCUAAUACCCAACACCGAGCUGAAACAAAGAAUUGAAGAGUUCAUCAGAUCCCAGAGGAGACGAACCCCACAGAAUGAGUGAACUUGGUUGGUUGAGCAAACAUGGCGACUGGUGAAGCAAAAGAGUUUCUGUGAAUGACACUUCAAGCCUGUUCUACUCAAAAACUUUGCAUUCUCUUGGAGAAAAAGGAAAUAGAGAUAAUCCCCUUGUAGGAGUUAUUACGUAACCAUUUUUGUUAGUAAUGUACAUAUAAUUUAUGGAUUUUACUCACUGUGUAUUUCCACCCAACUCUUUAAUUUCGCCGAGGUUUUUUUA